AUGUUAAGUAACUACAUUAGCAUAUUUCAGGGGAUACAACGGCUGAAGGAUUUCAAUAUUGCGGAUGAAGCUGGUGGUGGGGUUGGUAAGGCAGUCAUAAAGAACUUUAAUGCUUCUGUAACUAAUGGUACCUUGGAGAUCCGUUUCUAUUGGGCUGGGAAAGGGACGACUGGUAUCCCUGUUACAGGAGUUUAUGGUCCUCUUAUAUCAGCUAUUUCUGUAGAUCCUAGUAAGUACUGUUCUGAGCUUCUUCUAAUUACUAUUUGUAGACCAUUGCGAGUUUCUCAUAUGUAA